GUCCCACCACUUCCCCCCACAGAUCUCACACUUGUGCAAUUGUUUCACUCUCUUCUGAUAUGCAAUGUCUCACUAUCACGUGAAGAAGACGCUUGGAUUGUUCUUUAACCAAAGAAAAAAGAAAUCUGAUUUUAAUCUUACUGGAUAAAAAAAUACAUAUCUCUCUACUUCUCGUCCGUUUAAGAAGAACAUUUUUAAAAACAAAUUGGACAUACUUCUGACGACAAUACUGCUGCAUGCAGUGGUUCCAGCUGCCCAGGAGCGAUGUCAUCUCUACCUUCUCACAACAAAGAUUCGUCACGCAUCAGAAAGCAACUCUCUGACUCUUGUCCAGUUUCUUCUGUUGCCACUACUAAGAGCCUGCGGCAUGAGAGGCUGUCUAGACUGGGAUCAUCUGGAUCAUCUGAUGUCUCCAAUGACACAUCAACAAACCAUGCUGAGUCCUACUUUUUACAAAGAGAGAACAGACUAUCUGCAAGGAAAAAGGCACAAGAAGAGACAGCAAAUAAUGACUAUAAAAAGAUGUAUGAAAAGGCACUGGCAACAAAUCAAAGGCUCAAGUCCCGACUAGAAACAAGUAAACAGGAACUCACCAUGAUUCAAGACCAGCUGGAGAGAGCACAGAAGGGGAGACAGGAUGACUGUGGGGCCAAUGUGCUAGAAGCAGAAAAAAAGGAAAGCUGGAGCCUUAAAAAGAGGAUAUCAGAUAUGGAAGAACAACUGAAGCUGUUUUGUCUCCAGUGGCUUUAGCUGACAUCAUUUGUCACCAUUAUGCUCUGCCGGCUGUGGAAUGUGUGAGCACCGCAGCGACUGAGCAAUCAGUAUUCAUCUGCAGCGUAAAGCCCACAAAUGUCUGCUGUGUUCUGCCCAAGUGAAUGCAAACACAAACCUCUUGUUAUCUGUGAAUGAGAGACCUAAACAAAGAUGCUGGUCUAAAAAUAUACCUUUACAACAGAGAAAUUAUUCAAAACUGGUCUAAAAGUAUCUGUCUGUUGGUGUGUAUGAACACAUUAUUGUAUUUGUUUAAUAAAGAUCAGUCUGUCCUUUAUUCUUUAGGCCAGUUUUCUUUCUGUACCAGUUACUAAUAAGAGUAGAAACCAGAAACCUUCAUAGAAUGUACAUAAAAGAUGGACAUAACGUAGUCAGUAUGCUGUCAGGUUUGGUUAGAAAUAGGUUUAGAAGUCUCAGGCCAUGGAUCAGAUUGAGAAACCAAGAAGCACUGAACACUUAUACAGUAGCAAACUAUGAGUCACAAGGUAGGUCCUCUCUGCAGCAUACCUGUUUUUUUUCAUCCUAUUUGACUUGAAUGGGGUCCAGAAUCUAAAAAGAGAACUUAAAAGUAGCGACUAACACCGCAGGAGAGUGUUUACCCUGGCCAUAGAUCAGAGGAGCCAAAAAGCAUUUUUCCCAUAGACUACUAUACAGCUGGACAUGCAGGAACCAUCUCAUGCUGGUGAUAAGAAAGACUGUAGGUUUAAGGCACUUUUGCAUUGCUUUCACUUUUCGGACCCUGAAGCUACGUCCAUCAUUUACAAACACCAGCAAACUUGUAUUGAGUUUCACUUUAAGCAGGACCUUGUUGCUGUCCACUUUGUGAGCAUGAUUUUUUUUUCUCUUAGAAGACACCUUUCUGUAUCCCUCUGUUUCCCUCUCCUGUGUUAUGCACAACUUUAAAAAGUGGUCUCUACACAGAUCAAGAUUCAUUGUAUUUAUUAAUAUUGCAUGUAAAUGUUAUGACAGUUGUGGGGUGUUGUGGUCACUGUCGAUCAAAUCUAGUGAAACAAAUUUUGUACUCAAAGUAAAUGUUGUUUAUAGCAAAAAAUGGUUACUUGUGGUUUUGCAAGCAUCCAAGGUUAAGCCUUUGUUUUAAGAGGUCGAUUAGCAUGUGUUCUGUGGGUGGUCUGUUGUUCUCUGAAUCUGCCACCUCCCAUUUGAUGUGACCAAGGCUGAAAAGAUUGCUGACAUGACCAGAAAUAAAAACCAUUCCUUGGUGUGUAGCUCAUGAAGACAGUACCAAAGUAUGAACUUUUAAACUACAAAUUAAGAACAAGCAAAUCCUUAUACUAACCACUGUAAGCAGAAAUGCUCUACUUGGAACGGGUUGUAGGACUUUUUAGAUACUCUGUCCACCCUUAUGUUUUUAUACUCUCUUUUC